AAUUAUUUACAAGUUUGAGGUUAUUAUUAUUCAAUACUUUCAAAAAAUUGAGCUAUUGAUAAAGUUUAAUAUGUACUUAAUUAAAUAUUCCUAGGCGAAAUUCCUGUCAAAGUCGAGUUGUAAAUAAAUUGACAUGGAUUUUCUUUCGGAAGUAAUAGGUGAAGCUGUAAUCUUAAGCAUUGACUCUUUAAUAUUGGGGUUUUGUGUUAAACAGCUGAGCAAAUGUAAACACAUACUAAAUGCUCUUCAGACAGCACCGGUUCUCGAUAUUGAUAAUAGUCUUAAUAAAGAGAUAAACAAGUACCCUAAUUAUGUUAUACCAUAUGUUGUAGUACGAGGUCUAGUUAAGCCUCUUGGAAAUCCUAUCACAAGUAACUACAAUCAGUCAGUUACUGGAGUUAUUCAAAGAUUAAUAAUAAAAGAACAUGUCAUAGCUCGAACAUCUGCUGGUUUCUGGUCUGACCAGACUCGCACAAUUCAUGAGUUUUGCAAUUCAACACCAUUUGUGCUUACUAAUGGAAAAUACAGCAUUGAAGUUGUAGAUGCUUUGGCUGCUGAACUUUUAGACUUGGAUGUAAUUUCCGACAAAUUUGAGCCUAUGUCCCCCGGAGUUAUUGAUCAUGUUUGGGGCUUUUUCUCUGGUGUCAGGCAAAGAGGCCUACAGACUAUGGAAGAGAUGUUACGAGAUGGGUCGUACAUCACAGCUGUUGGUGAACUUAGUAGAACAAGCUCAGGCCUUAAAAUUCAACCACCAAAAGAUGGAUUACCUCUUUAUUUGACAACAUCAACGAAAUCUAGUCUUUUAAAAAGAUUAGCAAGUUCUAGAGACUUCUUGAGGGUCUUACUGGUGUUAUUUGGCUCAGUAGCAGCUAUUGCUUCCGGACGCAUUGCAUACAAAUAUAUUAAGAGAAGACGAAGACGCCAGGCUGACGAAAAUUUAAAGCAGCAGCUCGCCGCUGGUCGAAGAGAACGACGUGCACAAAAUAGAGAUAAGGAUCUUAGUGAAGUGCAACUUUGUGUUGUCUGCAGUGAUAAUCCUAAAGAGAUUAUACUUCUGCCGUGUGGCCACGUCUGCCUAUGCGAAGACUGUUCAGAGAAUAUUCGCGACAAUUGCCCAAUUUGUCGUGAGAGAAUCCACUCGCGCGCACCCGCAUUUAUAACAUAAAUGCUAAAUGGUAGGUUAAAACAUAUAGAAGUGUUGUUUGGGGUCGUGUGUACCCAAUAAAUAAUGCAAAAUUAUUACAUAACACAGAGUAAAUUUUUAUUAAAAGUCAUGUAACAGAUGUUAUGAUGAUAAUAGUCUUUUAUUUUUAAAUGCUACUGUAAAUAUGUACAGAAAAUUUUAAAAGACCUCAAAGUCAAAAUUUAAUAGUUAUUUGAUUUUUAUUUUGGUUACGGAAACAUGUUCCACAUUUUAUAAUGCCUUUUUUGUAGAAGUUAUAAGGGCGGCUAAUAAACUAAAUAGAUUCAGUAAAAUUAUAUUUUAUGCAAGUGAAAAUUAUCUUAAAUAUUUACUGUUUAUUUUAUAUUGAUUGUAAAAAGUGAUCUGCAAACUAUGUACAGUGCAAUUAUUAUUAGUUCAUCAAUUUUUUCAAACAAUUAGUUCAUCAAAUAAAAAAUAUAUUUUAAUAAAUAAAGUUUAAUUUAUAUACAA